UUGUAGAAAAGAGAGAGAAGAGCUAAGGGGAUCGAGGACACUUUAUUGCUUUUUUAUGUUGCACGCAUCCAUGGCAGAUGUCACAAGGAAAACCAAACUACUUCAACAACACUGCAACUCUACGCCGUAGAAAGAAGAAGAUAAUAAUAAUAAUAAUAAUAAUAAUAAUAAUAAGUUGGAAUUUGUUCUUCCAAGAUAGCAACACUGCUACCAGCUGCGAUAUGGGUGGAGCUGAAUCUGAGCUCCUCCAGCCGGUUCCAGUGUUGUUGGAGAUCAGCGGCGGAGCAACCGCCACGGCGCCAGAGGAGCAGGAGCAAGAGCCGCUGCUCCGUUGGAUAACGGGUGAUGCAGAUGACCCAUCUAUGGCUAAUUUGAGCAAGCUGUUGCAGGGUGGCGACCAGGCAGAGUACGAAUUCAACGCCGGGGAUCAUAACUUUGGAGCUGACCCAGAUUCCUCCUCCUCCGGCAGUGCUUUCUUGCCCACUUCAAGUUUUCCGGCGAACCUGCAAACACCAUCUUUUCUUUCGUUUCUUGAUAGCUCAGAUAUGAAGCCACAACACUUGCAGAGCCCUUCAUUUUUCAUGCCACUGCCAUAUCCAUAUCAGAGUGAGAAUCAGAGCAUCAGCACGCCACCGCCGACAAAGAGACACAACCCCGGGACUCUCGGAGUGCCCGAAACAAUCGACCAUCUAUUCAAAACCGCAGAGCUGAUCCAGGCAGGGAAUUCAGUACUCUCCCAGGAGAUAUUGGCGCGGCUCAAUCAUCAUCUCUCUCCUAUCGGCAAGCCUUUCCACAGAGCAGCUUUCUACUUUAAAGAAGCCUUGCAAUCUCUCCUCCUCCCACAUGCCACCAAACCCACUGUUCCAUCUUCACCCUUUAGCCUCCUUGUUUUCAAGAUUGGUGCCUACAAAUCUUUCUCUGAGGUCUCACCAUUGCCACAGUUUGCCAAUUUCACCACCAACCAAGCCCUGCUUGAGGUCUUGGAAGGGUUUCACAGAAUUCACAUUGUAGAUUUCGAUAUUGGGUAUGGAGAGCAAUGGGCUUCGCUCAUGCAAGAGCUUGCCUUGAAGAACGGCAGCACACCUACACCUAGCCUGAAAAUUACAGCUUUAGCAUCUCCAUUGAAGCAGCAGGAGCAGCUUGAGCUUGGGAUUAUCAGAGACAAUUUGGUCCAGUUUGCGAGUGAACUCAAUAUGGGAUUUGAGUUUGAAACUCUGGGUGUUGAUCAUCUGAAUUCCUCGUCGUGGUCAGACAGUGACAGUGAAGCCGCCAUUGCUGUCAACCUUCCAGUUGGUUGGCUUUCAAGAAACCAACAAGUAUCACUCCCUCUGGUUCUUAGCUUUGUUAAGCAGUUACAGCCUAAAAUUGUGGUUUCUGUGGAGAGAGGCUGCGACAGGACUGACCUCCCGUUUCCCGACCAUAUCAUCCACGCCCUUCACUCCUGCUCCAACCUUCUCGAGUCUCUAGACGCUGUAAACAUGAAUCCGGACGCCCUGCAGAAGAUUGAGAGGUUCUUGAUCCAACCAGGAAUCGAGAAAACUGUAACUGCACGGUUUGAUUCUCCUGAGAAAACACAAACACAACACUGGAGGACUGUUUUCUUGUCGUCUGGAUUCACCCCAUUUAGUUUCAGCAAUUUCGCCGAAUCCCAAGCUGAGUGUGUGCUGAAAAGAACUCCAGUUGGGGGAUUUCAUGUGGAGAAGAGGCAAUCUUCUCUGGUUCUUUGCUGGCAGCGAAAGGAGUUGAUCUCUGCAUCUGCCUGGAGGUGCUGAAGACUGAAGAGCAGGGUUUUGAUAGUAUCUCAACACUUCCAAUUAUCUUUGUGGCUUAGGCAGAUUGUUUCAAAGGUUAGGAAAGUAAAUAAAAUAUGAAAAUAUUUCAUGUCAUGUAAUGAUACAAUUGAAACUGUAAAUUUAUUUCUCUUUAUAUGUGUA